AGGUCACUGGAAAUAUAUCAAUUUACACGAACAUACUGUGUUUUAAAGAAAACUGUACAUCUGGCUAAAUCUUAAACUGAUGGCACCGAGUUGGUGCCCGAUGCGUGUUAUUUGGCUCGGGCGAAUGAAUUGUCAUGUGCGGAAGUUGUCUAAUUUGAUUUUUCACUGCGAACAGCUAACCGUUAGCUAGCCAAGUGUAAACAUAAGAUGAAGAGGGUGAAAGGAAAUAAGGAAUAUGCCUGCAGCUCUUCCAGCGGGGGCCCAACAGCGUCCUGGAAGAAGAUGCGGCAGCUACAGCCAAGGGAAGAGAAGCACCAAGAGAAGGAAGAAGAAGAGACUGAUGUAGAACCCAUCGAGUUUGGCUUUGACUGGGCACUGCUCCCACAUGAGAUCUUGCUCAACAUCUUCCAAUUCCUGCCUUUUCUGGACCGGGCGUACGCCUCGCAGGUGUGCCGCGGCUUUAACCAAGCCUUCCACAUGCCCGAGCUGUGGAGGUGCUUUGAGUUUGAGCUGAAUCAGCCUGCCAGUUCUUACCUGAAAGCGACACACCCAGACCUAAUCAAGCAGAUCAUCAAGAGGCAUUCGAAUCACCUGCAGUAUGUCAGUUUCAAGGUGGACAGCAGCACGGAGUCUGCCGAGGCGGCCUGUGAUAUUCUCUCCCAGCUGGUGAACUGUUCAUUAAAGACCCUAGGGCUAAUCUCCACGGCCAGGCCCAGCUUCAUGGAGUUGCCCAAGUCUCAUUUCAUCUCGGCCCUGACGGUGGUGUUUGUCAACUCCAAGUCCCUGUCGUCUCUGAAGAUCGACGACACACCGGUGGACGACCCGUCCCUGAAGGUCCUGGUGGCCAACAACAGCGACACGCUGAAGCUGUUGAAGAUGAGCAGCUGCCCUCAUGUCUCCCCUGCAGGUAUCCUGUGUGUGGCGGACCAGUGCCACGGCCUGAGGGAGCUGGCGCUAAACUACCAACUGCUGAGCGACGAGCUCUUAUUAGCCCUCUCCUCUGAGAAACACGUGCACUUGGAGCAUCUCCGCAUCGACGUGGUCAGCGAGAAUCCCGGGCAGAAUUUCCACACCAUCAAGAAGUCCAGCUGGGAUGCUAUGGUGCGCCACUCGCCCAUGUUCAACCUGGUCAUGUACUUCUUCCUCUACGAGGAUGAGUUUGGCCCUUUCUUCAAGGAGGAGGUCCCCGUCACCCACCUCUACUUUGGCCGCUCUGUCAGUAAGGACGUGCUGGGCCGUGUGGGGCUCCACUGCCCUCGGCUAGUGGAGUUGGUGGUGUGUGCCAAUGGGCUGCGGCCGCUGGAUGAGGAGCUGAUCCGCAUCGCCAAGCGCUGCACCCAGCUGUCGGCCAUCGGCCUUGGGGAGUGUGAGGUGUCGUGCAGCGCAUUCGUGGAAUUUGUGAAGAUGUGCGGUCGGAGGUUGUCCCAGCUGUCCAUCAUGGAAGAGGUGCUGAUUCCCGACCAUAAGUACAACCUUGACGAAAUCCACUGGGAGGUGUCCAAGCACCUGGGCCGUGUCUGGUUCCCUGACAUGAUGCCCACCUGGUAGAGCCGUUCACAGGUACAGAGUUUGACAAACGUGGAGUCCAUGAUGGCACCCAAGGAUCAACUGAAGUUCCGAAGAUAAUCCUAUUCUACUGAUAAUGGGAAUUUCAGGGAUGUGAUUUUUUCUGAUUUAAAUCGGGAAUUUCUGAUAUGACUAUCCUCCAUUCAUAUGUUUGAAGCUGACCUAUCCCCCUAGAGCGCAGACAAAACUGAUUUUCCUAAUUUUCUGUUCUCUUGAUCAUAUCCCUGAAAUGUGGAAUAUUCUUGUUAUGGAAUGUUUGGCGUCAACAUAGAGGCUAGUUUGCCAAACUCUGUACUGUAUAUCUGUGGUGAAGGAGCACACCCCUCCCCAGGUGGAAAAGGCUACACUGGGCAAGGACGAAGGGUGGAGUUUUGGGUUAACUCACUGUGCAGACAGUAAUGCUGUGGCUGGUUAUUGAUAUAGCUUAGCUAGCUAGCACUGUUAGAAAACACCAACCGUAUUUUCACCAUCUUUAAAGUGCCACUGUAACCGCUGCUGCCCACACAAAAAUCCGAUACUACAACAGAUUAGCUAAAAAAAGCAAGGCUAUGAUUUGGACAGGAACUCUGCACUUUUUGCAACAGAACAUACAGUGGGGGAAAAAAGUAUUUAGUCAG